GACGUCAGUUGCGAUUCAAAUCUUACCGCUCGUAACGUUAGCUGCAGAGCGAGGCGACUGCUAUUUCUUGUCAUACUUCAUAUUUUAUUUAGUUUAUCGACGGAGUUGUGCGUUAGUACGUAACAACGAUGUCUUGUCGCAGAAGUGAAGCUCUGGCGUUCUCUCUGGUGACUGAGAUCAAUCAUUCCAUGGCCAGGCUUGUGGACAUAUGGGACAGUAUUGGCAUCAUGGAGGAGCAGAGGGUAGAACGAAUGCAAACUGUGAAAAAGCAUAUAGAUGAGCUUUUGCAUUCAAUGAUUAUGGAGGAAGAGGCCUUAAGGCAUCGCAUUAGAACCGAUGUCAUUACCUUCCAGAAACAAUUGGAUACACUGUGCUUGGAACUGGGACUGGAACCAUACAAAUUGGAGCAAGACCUUACAGUCCUCCAGAUGGAGAAGAACCUGCGGUGCCAUGUUGAAUCUCUUCUAAAGGAGAAGAAUGAACGUUUAAGAGAGCUGAGUGAUUUGAAGAAGCAGGACGAGGAUUUGUGUGUAACUUUGUGCUCUACGCCAUAUUACAUCCCAUCGGGAAGUGUGCCUUCUCGAACCCAGCUGCAGGAACUCCAGGAACAUGUUGAGAAACUCAUCAAAGAAAAAGUGAGCAGGGAGAAGGUGUUCUCUGGGCUCAGGGAGGACAUCAGGAGCCUGAUGGGGGAGAUGGGACAUGAACCAGAGAGCAGUCUGGAACGGGAGUCCAUCUGCCCUGACACUGAUAUUUUUCUGCUCACGCAUGAUAAUAUCAAAGCCUUGAAACUGCUGCUCAGCCAGCUUGCAAUGAAAAAGGAAUCCUUGAUUUCCGCCCGAGACAAACUCAAAGAGCGAGCUACGAGCCUGUGGAAUCGUCUGAGUUGUCCUGAGCCGGAAAGCGAGGCGUUCCGAGAGGCUGCCAUGAGCACUCUCUCUGAUGAUAUCAGACGGUGGCAGGGCUAUGUGGAACAUCUGGAGGAGCUGCAGAUGGCUCAGCUGGAGGAGGUGGUUGAUAAGGUCCGACAGGAGCUUGUGGUUCUGUGGGACAAAUGCUUGCUUGGGCCAGAACAGAGAGAGCCGUUCAAUGUUCACUUCUGUGAUGCCCCAGCUGGCCCGCUUUGGCCCAAGGUUUUCGUCGGGCCAAAAAACCUGGGCCGUGGGCCCCGAGGAAGCACCGAUCAAGCCCCGGAAGUGACAGUGGAAAUGCAGCUGGCCCUGGCACGCACUAGCACGCCCGCUUUUGGCCUGACACUGGAAGAGGAGUUAAGAAGCCUUGUGGAAGUUUGGGAAAAGAAUCAGGGCAGUGACAAGAAACCGCUUCCAGUGAGCUACUCGGCCUUUACCAGCGAGCUCUCCAAGAAAGCCAACACUGAUGCUUUUCUCAAUUCCACCGUUAAAGACAUGCUUUGAUUGGACUGCCAACAUUUGAUACUUUUUUUUAUUAUUUAUUUUUUAUGAGGUUUAGGUCACAAAUAAUAAUGUCAGGAUUGAGACUGUACAGGAUAUAACUAUUUUCAGGUGUUUGUCUUAUUUACCUUUGACCAAUGCAGUGACUUUCCAGACAAAUUUUUAAAAAAUCACAAUUAUAUAUAUUUUUAUCUUGCUUUAUUUUGUCACUGUUUAUUUGCCUAGUCAGAUUCUGUAUAUAUUAGCUCAUAAAAGGUCAGUCAUUUGCUUGUUAAUA